UUCAACACAAUGGUUCAACUUUCCAAAAUCACUGCCUAUCCAUGAGCCUUGAUGAGCACAAACCAAAAAACAACAAUCUGCUCUAGUUGAAGCUUUAAUCUAAGUGAGUGCUUUGCUCUGCUUUUCCGAUGGCAUCGACGAAUUACAAUUCUGAAAGUUUUCCAUCCAAUCAUCGGUUAUCUGUCUCCGGCGUUACUGCCUCAUUCUUUCUGUUUGCGCCAAUGAUUUAUCUGAGGGCGGCACAAACUAAAUCAGUCUGAAAAGCUUGCACGCUUGUUUUUUCUGAAAAUUGCGGGGAGGAUCCAAAGAGCAUCACUUCUUCAAAAAAGAAAGAAAAUGGCAGACAUUGUUCCUGGAACCAUGAAUACCACAACUAUUCUUCUUACACUCUCCCAAUUCUUGAGAGCAAGCUCAGGGACUCUCUCCCAGGAAAGCCCAUGAGGACAGCCAGGAGAGUCUGACCCCUCCCCCACAUUGGGACGCCAUGGGCAGCUUCCUCCCUGACGGCAGCUCCUACGAGCUCCUCGCUGUUAUCGGCCGGGGCUUGGACGACUUGAUGACGGUGAACCUGGCUCGAUACCGACCCACCGGGGAGCACGUAGCCAUCCGACGGAUUAACUUGGAGUCGUGCACUAAUGACAUGGUUAUCUACCUCCAGAGCGAACUACACGUGUCAAAGUUGUUUUACCACUCCAGUAUUGUCCCCUACAAGAGCAUCUUUAUAGCUGAUAAUGAGCUGUGGGUCAUCACCCCCUUCAUGGCGUAUGGAUCAGCCAGAGAUCUGAUCUGCUCACACUUCGCUGAUGGAAUGACGGAGCUGACCAUCGCAUACAUUUUGCUGGGCAUGCUCAAAGCUCUCGAAUACAUCCACCACAUGGGAUACGUGCACCGGAGUGUGAAGGCCAGCCAUGUGUUGAUCUCAGCCGACGGACAGGUGUGCAUGUCAGGUCUGCGGAGCAUCUUCAGUCUGAUCCGUCACGGCCAGAGGGCCAGAGUUGUCCACGACUUUCCCCAGUACGGCGUCAAGGUGCUGCCCUGGCUCAGCCCUGAGGUGCUGCAGCAGAACCUGCAGGGCUACGACUCUCGGUCGGACAUCUACAGCCUCGGCAUCACAGCCUGUGAACUGGCCAAUGGACACGUUCCCUUCAAAGACAUGCCAGCUACACAGAUGCUGCUGGAGAAGCUGAACGGGACGGUGCCGUGUCUGCUGGACACCACCACUAUCCCACCAGAGGAGCUGUCGAUGAAGCCGUCUCGCUCCGGGGCCGACUCCGGCAUCGGCGAGGGUCCGGUAGCCGGAAGUGUUCGCCACUCCAACGGAGAGGCGUCCUCCUCGACAGGCGGACACCCGUACAACCGGACGUUCUCCCCGCACUUCCACGCCUUUGUCGAGCUGUGUCUGCAGCGAGAGCCCGAAAGGAGACCGUCUGCCGCCACUCUCAUAGGCCACCCGCUGUUCAAACAGAUCAAACGCCGGCCCUCGGAGGCGCUGCCCGAGCUGCUGCGGCCGGUGUCUCCGAUCACCGGGAGCGAGAGCUUCCAGCCGCACGACUCGCCCUCCGGACUGGCCGGUCUGGAGUCGGGCCUCAGCCACCUGGAGGUGGACGACUGGGACUUCUGACGCUGGAGCGAUGCGGAUGGGAUUGUGACGGGAAACUCUCCCAGCAUACUGGACAAGAUGUGUUUUUGUAAUGGCCUCUUUGUAAAUAAUUUAAACCUCAAACUAAAAAAGAGUUGCUGUUCUGACGAAGUUAAAAGCCAGCAGCCACCGUGCCUCUUUUUGAAGUCUCUCACACGCUCCUGUUCUCUAGAGCUGCUCACUGCAUUGCACUGAUGGCCUCUCUCUAUCUCUCUCACACACUCAACACAACAGGACUCCUCUCCUCAUGCUGAGGUUCCAGAGGAGUAUCUGUGGGUGGUGAUGUAGCCGAGACCUAAAGACUCUCACGAAACGGAUCAUUGGGAAGCUGCUACUAAAUAUUCAGUGAGGAUUCUCUACGUCUGCCCGGUGAGGCGGCCGCACGGUGGACGGUCCUCACAGCUCACUUUGCCUUCUGCACACCAGAUGGAAGGCGUCCCCUUUGUCCGCGGGGUCAGCUCAAUGAACAGCAUGUUACACGUUUCUUAACUGCCUGUGUUGAAGUGUAAACUACUGUACAUCUCGUGCUCCACACGUCCCUUUUGUUGCACAGAGGUUAAAUAAGCAUGCCAUCUGUUUGACCUUCACAGCAGUGUGUAUUCUCUUGAACUUCCUCUGGGUGUGAUGUUACUUAUGUUAGUUGUGAGCGUUGCAUUGGUGCUUGUUUGGCCUGCAUGGACAUGUGAAAGUGGGGGCAAAUGUUAGUGUUGCAAAUGUCAAGCUUAACUUUUAACAAUAAACGUGGUUCACUUUAA